CUGAGUCUCCUUACGCGCUCCUCACUCCAGCUCUGAGGGAGUUCAGUCAGUCAGUGGAGUGAGUUUAAUCUGAGGGAGAAAUGAGCCUGAAGAAGGGCGAGGAGAGCUGCGGGGUGGAGAUGAAGGAGGGGGUGGAGAACGCGGGGUUUCAGGAGGACUCUCAGGCGGAGGAGGCGAGCCCCCGGCGGGCUGCGGAGCCGGCGGUGUCCGCGGAGAGCUGCGCGGCCGGGGAGGAGAGUUACACGCAGCUCAGGCCGUACGCGGGCAUGCCCAAAGAGGUGCUGCUGCUGUACUCCAGCCAGGCGCGCUACCGGGUGCCCCGCGAGAUCCUCUUCUGGCUCACCGUGGCCUGCACGCUCGCGCUCGUGGCUCUCACCGUCACCGUCAUCGUGCUGUCCCCCCCCUGCCUCAGCUGGUGGCAGACCACCCCCGUCUACCAGGUGUACCCGCGCUCCUUUAAAGACUCCGACGGAGACGGAGUGGGAGACCUCAGAGGUAUUAAGGAAAAACUGAGCCAUUUCCAGUACCUGAACAUCAAAGCAGUCUGGAUCAGCCCUUUCUAUAAGUCCCCCAUGGCUGACUUUGGCUACGAUGUGGAAGACUUCAGAAGAGUGGAUCCUCUCUUUGGAACGAUGGAAGAUUUUGAUGACCUUUUGGCCAGCAUGCAUAGCAUGGGGCUCAAGCUGAUUAUGGACUAUAUCCCCAACCACACCAGCGAUAAACACGCCUGGUUCCAGCUCAGCCGCAACCGCACAGAUUACUACUCUGACUUCUACAUCUGGGUUAACUGCACUGAGGGCAUACCGCCUAACAACUGGGUGAGUGUGUUUGGGAACUCCACCUGGACAUACGACCCAAUCAGGGGGCAGUGCUACUUCCACCAGUUCCUGAAAGAACAGCCAGAUCUCAACUUCCGCAACCCUGACGUCAUAAAGGAGAUGACGGAUAUAAUCCAUUUCUGGUUGAAGAAGGGGGUGGAUGGCUUCCGCAUGGAUGCAAUCAAGCACAUGCUUGAAGCUACGCAUUUAAGGAAUGAACCCCAGGUUGACCCUAAUCAGCCUCCCGAGACUGUGAACACAGAGUUUGAGCUGUAUCACGACUACACAUACACUCAAGUGGGUCUGCAUGACAUUCUCAGAGGAUGGAGAGUAGAUCUGGAUGAAUACAGCAGAGAACCAGGGCGAUACAGAUUCAUGGUGACUGAGAGUUACGACUAUGAAGAAAUUGAAAAGACCAUGAUGUAUUAUGGAACUGAUUUCGUCAAAGAGGCUGACUUCCCCUUUAACUUCUAUCUGCUGGACCUUCCUGAGGGUCUGUCUGGGUUCAGAGCCAAAGAACUAGUCGAACUGUGGAUGUCAAACAUGCCGAAGGGAAAAUGGCCAAACUGGGUGGUGGGGAAUCAUGACAAGCCACGCAUGAGCGACAGAGCUGGUGAGGAAUACGUCAAAGUCAUCAAUAUGCUACUGUUAACACUGCCAGGAACACCAACUACAUAUUACGGAGAGGAGAUCGGCAUGGAAAACGUCAAUGUAUCCGUUACCCAGGAUCCUUUUGGAAAGUUCGACCCAAAUAACAGCAGAGAUCCUUCAAGAACGCCCAUGCAGUGGAGUAAUAGUACCAACGCCGGUUUCAGUGACAGUAAGAACGGCACCUGGUUAGACAUUGGUCCAAAGUACCAAACAGUCAACGUAGAGAUCCAGCAGGGUGACCCGUUCUCUGUGCUGGAGCAGUACAGAGCUUUGAAUCUCAUCAGAGAGAGGGAAGUAGCACUGGCUCGGGGAUGGCUCUGCUAUGUCUGGGCCGAUAACAACGUGUUUGCUUUCUUACGCGAGCUGGACGGACAGGACCGAGCCUUCUUGGUGGUCCUUAACUUUGGAGAAAAUGCAGAAAUGGACCUCUCUGUAUUUAAAGAGCUGCCAGAUCGCCUCACUCUUCACCACAGUACACUCCCUAAUGCUCCGAGCAGCUUCCCCAAGUCCAAAAUCACAACCUCCAAGGGGCAGGGACUUCUGCUGGAAUACUCCACUAGUAACCGCUUUCAUACUGACCAUGCAGCCCAGUGUUACGUUUCUGAGAAGGCCUGCUACCUGAGUGCUCUGGACAUUCUGUACAAGUGCUGACAAUGUAGCAGCAAAGAUAUCACCUGUUUAAGACCCAUCUGAUUUCCUUUGCUUAGAAAAAUGUUGAAUGUUUUAAUUAAACUGCAGAUGGAUUGAA